AUGCAGAAGACGGCACAAGCAUGGUUCAUCAGAGGUCCAAGCACUGCCAACUCAAACGACCACCGACAAAAGCCUUUGUCUCUGCUGGCUGAUUGGAACUCUUACACCUUUUCUCAAGAAUCCGAUUCCUCUGCAUUCGAUCUCGAAGCUGCUGUCCGCACCACCACCGACAAAGUCAGCGGCACUUUUAGCAUUUGUGCUGAGUUUGAGAGGUUAGAGUGGAUUUUGCUCUUUGGUUGCCCUGCUGUUGCUAACUUGAAUGGUGGUGGGGCUGAUGAAAAGCUUGAGGACUCCGGGAAAUCCACUUCUGAGAUAGAUCUUAGAGUUGCUUUGGGAUCAGGGUGUGUACAGUGGCGAAGGAAUCAUCAGCUGAAUAGUUGUUUAGAAGAUAAAGUUUAUGUUGCAUUUCAUGAUGAAUCCUGGGGAGUUCCAGUUUAUGAUGACAAUCCACUGUUCGAGCUACUUGCAUUGUGUGGUAUGUUGAUGGAUUACAACUGGAUUGAAAUCUUGAAAAGAAAAGAAUUAUUCAGAGAAGCUUUCGCGGGAUUCGAUCCUGUGGUUGUUGCCAAAAUGGGGGAGAAAGAGAUCUUAGAGAUAUUAUCAGACAAAGCAAUAAUGUUGGCAGAGAGCAGAGUGAGGUGCAUACUAGACAAUGCCAACUGUAUAAUGAAAAUUGUGAACGAAUUCCAGUCCUUCAGUAGCUUUAUGUGGGGUUAUGUAAAUUACAAACCAGUGAUUAACAAAUACAGAUAUCCAAGAAAUGUUCCCUUAAGGACUCCAAAAGCUGAAGCCAUCAGCAAGGAUUUACUGAAGGAGGGGUUCCAAUUUGUUGGACCGGUGAUAGUUUACUCAUUCAUGCAGGCGGCAAAGCUGACAAUUAAUUGGUAUUCUCUCACUCUAUUCAAUUUGUUUAUUGGGUUAUUGUAUAUGGCUAAUUGCUGUGACUGGUGA